AUGUUCCCUUGGACCCCUGGUCAGCAACUGCAAAUACGGUAUCCUGGUGGCCAAUGGAUGACUCCUGGCAUGGAAUUAGACAUUCGACAGACCAGCGUGAUUCCAGAGAUUAGUAGCAUGAACCUCCAAUGCAACAAAAAAUACAUGAUCUUCUUCAUCGACCUCGACGCUAUCCUACCAGGAACUCGUAUUCAAUCAGUCAUUCUACACUGGUACCAACCCAAUCUCAUGAUAGAUUGCACAAAGCCAUCACCACCUUCCUCACUCGUUCCUGGCCAGGACCAUGGGGACAAGCAUCGCCCAGCAGCCUCGUACAUAGCCCCUCGUGCACCACCAAAUACUCACCACCGUUACGUGUAUCUCCUUUUUGGACAGCCUCCAGCCUAUCAAUUUCCCGACUGCUUCUCACAUGUGUUCCCAGAGACUGUUAGCGCCCGCGCCGGAUUCGAUAUCAGGGAGUUUGUGCAGGCAGCAGGGUUGGACCCUCCAAUUGGCAUGAACUAUUUCAUUGGUAGUCAUGGACCUGCCGAAGGCGAGACAACUACCAUGCCUCAGAGUCCGACGACAACCUCGUUCCGUUCCGUGGAUUGUCCCACGAGGACGGAUAGUUUUGUGUAA